GCCCAGAACUCGCAGCCAACUCCCGAUCCCGCCCCAGUCGAUCGACCAACGCCGUCCCUUCUCGUCGAGCCUCGGCCUCUCCGUACCGGCUAACCCUAGCAGCGGCACGCGGGCGACGGCGAGUGGCAGAGGGCUUGGCGGCGCGAGCGCGACCGCCGAGGGCUUCACCGGCCUUCCCCUUCAUCCGUCUACGGCGCGGCGGCGCCUGCAGGUACCCCCUUCAUCCAUCCAUCUCUCCCCCACCUCGCUCGUGGCAGCAGGCAGGCGGACAGCUCCCCUCCCCCCUCUCCCCCCUCGAGCAGUAGUGCCGCCGCUCUAUCAGUCUAUCUCUAUGCCUCUCUCUCCUCGCAGGCUACUGGCACCCCGUCGCGCUGCCUGGUAUGUUAUCUGUCUCAUCUCCACUGUUUUAUCUGCAGGAGUACUAAUUUUCUAGGUUUAUGGCGGUGGGUGUAAAGCUCUAAUUUUUUUCUUAAUAUAUUGAUGCACAGCUCUCCUGCAUAUCAUCCGGGAAAGAGUAGUAAUGGUCUCAUUGACUGAUCUAGUCAUUUACUCUCAUUUACUGGUACUGAACUGUUGAUUAGGUGCUUAAUAUUUUGAUGAAUCGUUGGGGACAGCUUUGCAUUUUGUAAUCAUACAGAAGGAUGCAUUGGAUUUUUGAGUUUGUCUGUAUGGAACCAUAUGUUUCAAAAUAUAUGCUCAAAAAUCAGAAAUCCAGUUUCAAGGCUGAUUUUUGUGUGACGGCUACAUGGUGGGUUGGCUGAACAGAUGCCACUUUGCUGUUAUCAGUACUUCUACAAAAUCUAAUUACAAAGUUGUUUCUGUGUUAUUUUUGCAUAGGAUAAUUAUAACGUUUCACUCAAUCCAACCCAGAAUUAAUCCCUGAUCAGCCAGUCUAGUUCUUUUGUACAAUCCGGUUGGCUAUACGUGAAAAAAAUAGGUAUAAUGACUAAGUAGAAAUUGAAAUUGUACAUGAACUGGAAGGAGAGAACAUAGUUUGGCCCUUUUUUAGCAAUCAGCAUCAAUCUCAUGCCCUUCGUUUUUAACAGUGGAUGGCAAAUUAAUGGUGCAAUAACACCAAUUUUUUUAUAUAAAAGAGGAAUUUCUAGAUUACACAUGCCAGCCUGUAAGGUAGGUAUUCUAUACUUCGCUGUCAAAAUGAGGGAAAACACUCACCAGUAUAAUAUAUUAAUAAUAUGGGGAUAUCAUAUCAUUUUCUUUGACUGCGGAUACUGUCAAGUUUGUGUUUUUCUCCAACAGAUUAGCAGGCAAAGCUAGAACGAAAAUUCCAUGUUCUGGUUACAUUAUUUGUACUAAAGCUUUCCACCUUUUGUUUUUUACUCUUUACUUGACCUUUUGCUUGUCAUGUUGUGUUAACAAUAUGUAUGUGUUCUCAGUCACUUCCUGUUCUCAAACUCACAAUAUAUUAUCAUGUGUCUCUCCAGGCAAUUAUUGGUUUUGUUGCAAAAUGGCCACAGAAGCUACUUUGAACAAUUCUGGUGGUUCUGAGUCUACAAUGUCUAUGCUGGAACAGCUUGCUGAAGUAUUUGGCAAGUUGAAAUCCCACACUGAAGCAUCUCUGCAGUUGCAGAAUGGCAUGAAUUGGGGUGAUAUCAAAGAAUAUUUCCUCAAUGUUGAUAAGUCGUACAGAAGCAAGUUUGAUGAACUAGUAGAGAAGCAGAAGGCAUUAGAAGAAAAGAAAACCGAAGCUGGUAGGCUGAUUGCAGAAAAAGAGGCUAAUGUUUCUGCAAAAGAGCGAGUUUCUGUGAACCAGCUUCAGGAGCUAAGAGAUGCUGCUGUCUCUUCUCUAGCUGAAGUGCGCCAAAAAUAUAAGGUGGAGCUUGCUGAGAUACUUGAUGCCAGUGGAAGCAAAGACAAAAAGGUAAGUACCUCAACCAAUGGCAACAAUGCAUCUCAUGCUUCAGAGGCGAAUACCCCUGCUAGUGGGUCAGGCGACCCAUCUGAAGCUUCACCUGUUGAGGUUAAGCCUCGUCCUGUAUUGAAGGAACUAUGUGAGCAGAUGGACACCAAAGGCCUUCUGAAAUUCCUUUCAGAAAAUUGUAAAAAACUCGCUAGUCUUCGUGAUGAACUUCCUGUUGCACUAAGAUGUGCAACUGACCCUGCCCGCCUUGUGCUUGAUUCCCUGGAGGGUUUCUUCCCACCAGACCAAACCGAUUCGCCUGGGAAUAAACAAAAUGCCCUUGAGGUUCAGCGCAGGAGCUGUAUUGUUUUAAUGGAAGCUAUAUCACCUGCACUAGGGGCUAAAGAGCAAGGUGGCAAUGACUCUUGGAGCUCUGAAAUUAAGGAGCAAGCCAAGGCAAUUGCCGAAGAGUGGAAGAGUAAGUUAGCUGAGGUUGACCUAGAUGCUUCUAAUGGCUAUUCAUUGGAAGCACAGGCACUCCUGCAGCUUCUUACAACUUUUAAUGUUGAUUCGGUGCUUGACGAAGAUGAACUAUGCAAGAUCGUAGUUGCUGUCUCUCGUCGCAAGCAGACUGCUGUGACCUGUCGCUCUCUUGGUCUUAAUGAGAGAAUACCAGGUAUCAUUGAAGAAUUGGUUAACAGGCACAGGCAAAUUGAUGCAGUUCAUUUCAUACAAGCUUUUGGGCUUUCGGAGACCUUUCCCCCUGCAUCUCUGUUAAAGACAUAUGUAGAUGAAUUGAAAGAUACAUUUGACAAUAAUGGGGAUGCCAGUGCAACCUCUUCAAAGGAUGACCCUAAGACCAAGGAGCUACUUGCUUUGAGGGCCGUAAUAAAGUGCAUCGAAGAGUAUAAGCUUCAGAAGGAGUAUUCACUUGGCCCUCUCCAAAAGCGUGUUUCUGAGCUGAAGCCUAAGAGUGAGAAAAGGCCAUCAUCUGAUGCUGGGCGUGCUUUCUCAAAGAAGCCUCGAGGCCCUGGCACUUCAUUUCCUCGGAGACCAGCUGGUCCUGUUGGUUCAGCUGCUCGCAGACCUCCAUUUCCAGUCAGUAACUGGCAGCGUGCUCCUGCUCCAAUGCCCUCCCGUACUCCUGCGCCAAUGGCUCCUCUUCCUGAAAGAUAUGGAGCUGCUGACCGGUACCACUACACUCCACCACCCACUGCAUAUGAUGCGGGGGCAUUUUCUUCUUACGGUGAACCAUUCAGUGCCCCCAAACCAUUUCAGUACACCCCAGGGUCAGUGGCAGCAUCAUACAAUUCAAGUCCCUAUAAAGUUGCAUACGGUGGCCCAGGAGCGCUGCCAGGUGCAAGCGGAUAUACAGGUUACUCGGGCGCUUCAGGGCCGUCUGCCUCCAGAAGCUACGCAAACUAUUUAGGAUCUGGUUAUCGCCCUACCCAGCAGCCAUAGAUUGACUUCUCUCAAAAUGCCCUCCCGGUGAUGCAGGAUACCAGGAUAUGGCAACCCGACUUUCCGUCAAACUGGGAUGUAACUUAUUCUGUUCCUCGUCCAUUGCAGUGGGUUUUAGGUGUAACUGAUGUAGAGUUUCGCUCAAAGCCUGUGAGGCGGCGAUCAAAUUCUAAGCGCACUCAUGUCCUGCUACAUGUCCCUUGCACGCUGCACUCAGUUUUUUCCUUCGUGCUGUAUUCCUGACUUGUCGAGUGUUUUGUAUCUUCUGUCAUCGUCACCCAGUCUCCUGGGAUAAUAUUUUGCUGGUUUUGCGUUUUAGUUGCAAAAGCCAAAAGGUCCAUUGAGUGCAAAAUUGUCUAA